UCCAUCUUUGGUAAAACAUCUUAGUAGUCUCAACCCCUCUUUCUUUCUCUCUCUGUUUCUUUGCUUGCUUUAUAUUUCUUUCUUAGCUUUGGCUAUUUUAGCUUGGAAAAGGGAGAGAGAAGAAAUCUUGAAGGAAUGGGCAGUAUUAAUGGAUUUAUGGGACAUGACAUGUUGCCACCCUUCACUGGAGGCUGGCAGAUUGAUAUGGGACCUUUAGUUGUAGAAAAAUCGGAGGGUUCCUAUGUCUACGACAUAAAUGGGAAGAAGUAUCUUGAUACUUUAUCUGGCUUGUGGUGCAACCCCUUAGGGGGAAGUGAGCCUCGUCUUAUUGAAGCUGCAAAUAAACAACUCAACACAUUGCCCUUUUACCAUUCAUUUUGGAAUCGUACCACAAAACCUUCUUUGGAUCUAUCAAAGGAACUCCUAGACUUGUUUACUGCCAACAAAAUGGCGAAAGUUACUUUCACAAAUAGCGGAUCAGAAGCCAAUGAUACUCAGGUGAAGCUGGUAUGGUAUUACAACAAUGCCCUUGGGAGGCCAAAGAAAAAGAAAUUUAUUGCUCAAAAGAAAGCAUACCAUGGGUCCACUUACAUUUCUGCCGGUCUCUCUGGGAUUCCUGCACUACAUUAUCAAUUUGAUUUGCCACCUCCUUUUAUUCUGCACACUGAUUGCCCUCACUAUUGGCGCUAUCACUUGCCAGGUGAGACGGAAGAGGAGUUCGCCACUAGGUUGGCAAAUAAUUUGGAAUGUCUAAUACUCAAAGAGGGGCCUGAAACAGUAGCUGCUUUCAUUGCUGAACCAGUCAUGGGGGGAGGAGGUGUCAUAGUUCCUCCGGCAACCUAUUUUGAUAAGAUCCAAGCUGUACUCAAGAAGUAUGACAUUCUCUUCAUUGUGGAUGAGGUGGUAUGUGGAUUUGGAAGGCUUGGGACAAUGUUUGGCUGUGAUAAGUACAACAUUAAACCUGAUCUUGUCUCUUUAGCAAAGGCUCUUUCUUCUGGAUAUGUGCCAAUUGGUGCUGUUCUUAUAAGCCAGGAAAUUUCCAAUGUCAUAGUUUCUGAAAGCAAUAAAAUAGGUGUUUUCUGCCAUGGAUUUACUUAUUCCGGCCACCCUGUCGCGUGUGCGGUUGCGUUGGAAGCACUGAAGAUCUACAAGGAAAGAAAUGUUGUUGAGCUAGUGAACAAAAUAUCACCAAAGUUCCAAGAAGGUUUGAAAGCAUUUGCUGACAGUCCCAUAAUUGGGGAGAUAAGGGGAACUGGUUUGAUACUUUCCACAGAAUUUGUGGAUAACAAAAAUCCUAAUGAUCCUUUUCCUCCUCAAUGGCAGGUUGGUGCCUAUUUUGGAGCACAAUGUGCUAAGUAUGGGAUGUUAGUAAGUUCUUCUGGUGAUUACAUAAAUAUGGCUCCUCCAUUUACUUUGACUUUUGAAGAACUUGAUGAGUUAAUGAGCAUUUAUGGGAAAGCACUGAAAGAUACUGAAAAGAAAGUGGAAGAACUCAAGUCUCAGAAGAAGGAAAAGCUCGUGGCAAAAGCUUGAUGAAUCCAAAAAAGAAAAGAAAUAAAAAGAAUAAUGUAUCUAGUUUAAAUAAAAUGUCUGCCUGCCUCGCUUGUCUUGUCCCUGUUGGGGAUUGUUUACUUUUAAUAAAAGGUAGUUAGAUGCUCUAUCUAGUGGUAUAAAUUUGUGGAAAAAAAAAAAGACUUCGUUUCUUCUUUAAUUGUUGAUAUUUUGCUUGUAAUAAGUGAUUGCUUCUUGCAAUUUUAAUUUGCACUAGAAAUUUUCUAUUGAAGGA